UGUAUGACACGCCGUUUGCAGCAAUUUAGCUCUUCGUGCGCACCCAUCAUUAGCUCAUUAGAUGCUUGUAGAAUAUUGUUGAGCAGGGAAUUCGCCUUGUCAAGUCCAGGUAUUGGGCGCAAGUCAGAGUUGCAGGGUGCAUGGGUUGUUCAGGUGAUCCGCCGCUUCACCUCAUAUCUCCAUCACGCAUCAACAGACUCGCAAAGCGUCUACCAAGCUUCAAGGUCAUUCAGACCUUUGGGUCCCUGAAUAUCCUCUGUACAACGGAUCCGAGUACAAGACGACACAUUAGUAGCAGCCUGUAUGGGCCUGCAUCCCACUCGACGGCCGUAGCAUCGCCGAGCUAAAGAUGACGGUCGACCAAGAUCAAAACCUCGACCUCGGCAACGCUCAUCAACCGAGAACGACCACCUUUGAAAGAGCUCUGGCUCUACUUGACGAACCCGUACGAUCGAACCAAGCUUCACAACGACGACCUAGACUCAGGAGUAGUCUAGAUGCGGAUGGGGAAUCGACCUUCUCGAGCACUUCUAUGGAUGCCUCCCUCCAUUCGACUGCUUUGACUUCCCCACCUCGACGUCGAACACGAACCUCCCACCCAAACACAUCGCUGUCUGGAUCACCGCUCAAAGACUAUCUGAAACGACAUUCUACCGAGUCGCAGGGAUCAGAGGCAGAACGAGCGUCGACGUCGACGCCGAGAGCUUCCUCCUCCUCGCAUACCGACCGAGGUCAUAGAGCUGGAGAUCGCUCAGGGUCAACAUCAACCUCUAUGUCGACUUCCACUCCCCGUAACUCGACGGAGAUGCCUUCCCGUCAGACCUUCACUCGCGAUCCGUUCCUGGACGACCAGACCAUCGAGACUGGCACCUCUACCCCUACGGGCACAAGAACGGGAACGGGCGAGGAAAGAUCAUCAGCCACAGCGAGCCUGUAUGUCAGUCCUCGGCGACCGCUCCGGUCUAGCAUCUUCGAAUCUUCCCCGAGGAUCCCUUUACCCUCCCCUUCACACUCCACGUCGGCCUCGGCCGUGGCCUCGACGUCACCUAGAAUGACUAGUCGUGAGAGGGAGGUGCAGAGGGAGAGGAAGAGAGAUUACUCGUACGAGAGGCCUAGACAGACGAGCGCUACGUUAAGGUAUGCCUUGGAGACCUCUGUCAGGCAACGACCCCUUCGUCAGGACCAGGAUCAAGACGGGUAUAGCGACGGGGAAGAACAAGGAGAUGGAGAUGGAGAUGGAAAUGGAGAAGACGUUGUUAGGGCGCAGGGACGGUCGCAAAGGGGUCAUCCAGGACACGCCUCGUUCCUCGAUACCGAGUCCGACCCGCCUACCGAACUGGACGAACGGUUUCCAGCGAUCGACCCUGCGCCCAGAUCUUCACCUCGUCCUCCUCAUCCCACCGACCCGAACACACUCGAUGCGGGUCGACCGGAAGAGCACUCGCAUGUACAAUCGACGACCUCGAGUUCGACUUCGAAAUCAGUGGACAGGGGUUUACCGGAGCAGGAUAUCUGGAGAGAGACGGAAUCCGAUUAUAUCCGUCUACCUAAAACGGUAACCGUAUCAACCCCGCCCGAGCUGGCUAGCGUCAAGGGGAUCGACGUCGAACACCUACGUAGUUAUGUCAAUGGCCGGGCUAGGGAAGCCAGAACCAUGGAGGAUGACUAUGUGGACGACGAGGCCGGUUUCGCCGCGACGCACUCUGCACCGGUAGGAUGGACGUCGAGACACAUGUUGCCCGACUUGCCGCUCUCAAGGCGUGAUCUGGAAGAGACCGUACAAGGUCUGAGGGAUGAGAUGGAGUCGAUGAGGCUUCAGCUAGAGACUGUCGUCAAGACGGUCGGGGCGGGGUCGAAGCAGAAUGAGAAUGAGAAUAUAACUCCCGUUCAACCGGAUUUGCCUCAGCAUGUUUUGAACGCCCUCAUGACCAUCGACGCCUUGAUCCAUCACACCUCACUUAACGAACGUUCCCCGGAACAGGUGUUGUCCGUUGGCAAUAUCGAAGAGAUGACUCGACGUAUACAGGAUUGGGAAGCCAUCGUCAGAGGGCGACAGUCAUCGUCGCCAUCGCCGGUCCCGGUCACCCCUAUCGAGACUGGACAGCAGCAUCAAUAGUACCAGCAGAGCGGUCCCCUUUGCGACCUGCUUAUCGAAGAGAGCUGGUCCUCCUUCAUUUCGAUUUUUCAGAUUCGCAAUUUACGACUUUACGAAACAAGGCCAUUCAUCUGAUACAUAAUAACGAGCUCUAACAACGACCAGUCUUGCCACAUGUAUCCACGACUAUAAUGACAGACAUAUGAAUUGCUCAUUCAAAG